AUGCUUACCUCCGCGUCCACAGUUGACUUCUACGAUGAAUAUGGAAUCAGUCCUCUAUCGACCACGUCACUACAUGGUUACUUCACCACAAUCUCUGGGGUACAGAUCUACACCAAGCAAGAUACGGAAAAGCGAAUCUAUGGGUACAAGUUAAUGCUAUCAAGCUGUGCUGGCUACAUCGUUGAUCCUUGGUUCCCACUUGCCACGAUAAGAUCUAGCUCCAACCUCACUCCAAACACCGUGAGGAUGACUGUGGAACUGCAACCAAACUAUGCUCUGACAUCGAGCCAGGCGGUGACAGUCUCGUGGCUCAUUGGGAGCAUCUACACUGUUCAAUUUCAGAUUCAGAAUCCAAGCGCAGAGCAGUCCGCACUCGAGUUACAGCAUCUACAUCUGCACCAGCCUACAGGAUUGAGAUCACAUGUCGAGUGUAAUCAACCAGGGAAGUGGACGCAUGGAGCUGUAGCUGUUCCUAUCCCAUCAGUGUUCUUGUCCUCCACCCCUCUCGAGCGCGAGGGUGGAGCCGGGUCAGUCAUUGACUAUCACCAUUCCUGGAUACGAUACAGGUUCAAGUCUUGCCCCAAGGAUGUGAACGCAUACAUCACUCCAUCUACCGAGGACGUGGCCAAGACUAUUGCGAAGAGAACGAGGUACUACUACGCUACCUCGCUGCCAGUGAAGAGCUCGUAUGUGAAGGGAGACGGAGUGAGGGGAAUGGUGAUCACUGGCAGCACAUUGACUGGUGACUGCAGCAUCAAGUACGUGGAGGCUCCCCAGAGCAUGGGAGGAAACAAGCCGGAGGUUCGAUUUAUCUCCGAUACGAUACACAGCUCUACCGCAGUUCAUCGGUCAGUGUGUGACGAGCGCAGGGUCGAGGAGCUACUUCAACGGAGUUUCUAUUGUCGAGAAGCACAGGAUUCUGGGAAGGAAUGA